UAAAUAUUGUCACACAUACUACUAGAUCUAGCUAAUUAAUAUUUGUGUGUUCUUGUUAUGACAAAGAAUAUGGUAGGAAGAAAUAGCUCAGCCCUUCCCCCUGGUUUUAGAUUUCAUCCAACCGAUGAGGAGCUAAUAAUGCACUACCUCCGCAACCAGGCAACGUCGAGGCCAUGCCCCGUCUCCAUCAUCCCUGAAGUCGAUAUCUACAAAUUUGAUCCUUGGGAGUUGCCCGCGAAGGCUGAGUUUGGGGAAAAUGAAUGGUACUUUUUUAGCCCUCGAGAUAGGAAGUACCCUAAUGGGGUUCGUCCCAAUAGGGCGGCUGUGUCAGGGUAUUGGAAGGCCACGGGCACGGACAAAGCCAUCUAUAGUGGAUCAAAGUAUGUAGGUAUCAAGAAAGCCCUUGUUUUCUACAAGGGUAGGCCGCCAAAGGGCAUCAAGACCGAUUGGAUCACAGAGUACCGAUUGAGCGAGUCAAGGUCGCAACCCCUCAAGCAAAAUGGCUCCAUGAGGUUGGAUGAUUGGGUGCUAUGUAGAAUCUACAAGAAGAAGAAUUUGGGAAGAACAUGUGAUCAACAAAUUAGAGUUGAUGAUGAGAAUCACUCAUUCUCUCAACUAGUGCCUACCACUACUUACAAUAGUCAUGCCAAUACUGAACCACAACCAUACAAAUUCCCAAGAACUUGCUCCCUAACUCAUCUAUGGGAGUUUGAAUACAUGGGCUCAAUCUCCCAACUUCUGAGUGACAAUGCUCAAGAAACGUCGACACCACUUAGCAACAACGGCAACUUUUCGCUGGCCGGCGAAAAAUAUUACCAGUUAGGGCAAGCGCAGCAGCAGCUGCCGUGUGCAGAAGCCAUGAUGAUGAAGUUUCAUCAAGUGAACAGUAAUCAGCCAGUUCUUGAGAAUCCAGUGUUUGAAAUGCAGUGACAAAUCAAGCAUAUAUGGAUGGAAAUGGGGUGAAGAUGCAAAUUGCUCAUUCAUCGUCAACUGUACAAAGAAGAUGGCAAACUUGUCAUUGUCAAUGCACAAGUACUUAUGAAUAUCUUGCAAGUCUUAUCUUGUACAAAACAACUGUUGUGCAUGAUUAUCUCAUCUGAUCCUGUUACUACACAGAUAAAGAUAAAGCAGUUUGUACAUUUAUCAUAUUGGUUUUGGAAUGAUAUACCUUUUUCGUA